AUGGAUAGCUUAAUUGUUACUUGUGAUAAUAGUCCUUCAAUGAGAGAUGGGGAGCAAAUUGGAAUACCAAGAAUUGGUAUGGAGUUUGACACAUUAGAUGGAGGGAAAAAAAAAGAUGAUGAUGACAUGAUCCGUCAUCGUUCGUCUACGAAAACUGACUGCAAGGCAAGGUUGAAGGUAUUUUUAGAUAAACAUAGAGCAAUAUAUAUUGUGAAUGAGUUUGUAGAGCAACAUAAUCAUGAGUUACAACCUCCGACAAUAAUUCACAUGUUUAGAUCACAUAGAAAGCUUACUAUGGCGCAUGCAUUAGCAAUUGAAGUGGCUUCUGAUUCAGGACUUACUCCUAAAGUAACACAAGAAUUAAUGAGCAUGGAAGCUGGUGGUAUGGCUAAGCCUGAGUUUGUUAUUGAAAAUCAAAAAUCAUAUCUAAGAUCUAGGAGGGAAAGAAAUAUUGGAAGUGAGGAGCUUGGUAGUAUUUUCUCAUAUUUUGAGAAGCAAAAUAUGAGUGAUCCUAAGUUUUAUUAUGCUCUACAAUUUGACAGUGAUGAUAAGUCACUAAUAUAUUUUAGGCUGAUGCAAAAAUGA